CAAGCCUUCCAAGAGGUUAGUCAUCGCACUAGUUUGUCCCUAGCCGUAUACCCACUUUCACACUCGAUUCAUCCAUCCGACGAUCCAUUCCAACUACACCAUCCAUCGUCCUCUGCACUGUCACAGCUAUCCCAUCAUUGCAAUCACCCCCACAAUCAAUUCCUACGUGCAAGUCAAACCCAAGCCAUUCUCCCAAUGCCGGACAUCCACCCCCAACGCCCCAAGUCCCGCCCCACAGCAUCCUGCCUCCCCUGUCGCACCCGGAAAGUCAAAUGUAAUCGCCUGACGCCCUGCGAGGCCUGCGUGGCGCGAAACAUCUCUCACGAAUGUAAAUAUGCCGUGCCGGAUGAGGACCGUCAGGCCAUUGCGCAGGCGGAAGCAAUCGCCGAUCUGCGGGCCAAGGUAAAUCGCUUGCGAAGCCAGUUGGUACAGGGCCAGCAGCGGGGCCGGGUGCAGGAGUUGGAUCUGGAGGGAGAGGUGGUGGAGGACCAAGGGGAGGAGGAUGGAUUGGAGGAUUUGGAGGCUGUGUAUGCGGUACUCCGGGGCGGGUCGUGGGAAUCGGCGCAGCAGGUGAUUACGAGAAUCCGGGCGGGGGAGCCCGUGGGGCGGAUUGCUAGAGAAGUUUACUAAAGCGAAGGGAUGUAGGUAUAUAUAUGUAUAGUUUGGUAAAUUGCCAUCAAGGAACUCGAUGGAUCGGAUUC